CUUAUGCUGCCCGACACGCUUAGCUACCAGGUCCCUACAUUGGUGCUUAUGGUGUGUACAUACGUAAACCCGCAGCGCUGUGGCCCUACAAUCCACGUAAUACUGCCCGUACGACUAGUACUACUCAGGUUCCCAGGUAUCCUUAGGUACAGCUACUAGCACCUGGUGGCUGAUCCAAGUCUGCAGAGUUCAAGUUUCUCGGGACUCUCCCUGCAGCGUCAACUGUCAAAGCGAACACGCCAUCAUUAUUCAGUGACAUAUGUAGGUAUCAAACCCUGCGAGCUCUGAUCGUUGCCUGGAACCAGGGCGUUGUUACAGCAGGACCUGAUUUUACGGACCUGAAGUGCUUCUCUGUUUACCAGCAAACCGUGACCGUGGAUAAAGAGUGCGGGCGGAUUUGAUCUGCGGGUGCGGCUGCGGCGGUGCCCAUCAACACUUCUUUCUCAGCCACUUCAUUCUGCUGUCCCUCCCUUCUUCACAUAUUAUCCACCUCCAACAUCCGCCUCACGGCACAAGAGGCAGGACGCUCCAUUGAAAGACAUUCCUGCGCCUAGAGUCACAUCACCGACCAGUACCUCUGCACUGAGAACCCUAGAUUCCACCGAAUAUCGCGUUCCUUGUCGCCUCCUGCUGACACUCUUCGGCUUUGACACCCGUGCUUGCUCAGCAGUUCAAGUUUCCCCUCGAAUGACAAUAGCUCGACCACGACCGAACUUUUGGCCUUUCCUGCCCUUCGACAACUCUCUACGUUCCACCGUCCGAGCGGACAUCUGAGUCCGCCUGUGGUCUCCCCCGGUGUUCAUCAUCAGGGUGCUCGCCAUCGCAUGCAGGCUGGAGAAGACUGGAGUGGCGCACUGGCGCAGUCACAACUUUGAACCAGAUAUUGAACAUCAUGGACAGUACAAUGCCUCAACAGCCGGCCUCGUCCGAGCUGCCUAGUACUCCAGACGAUGCACAGUCCGAACCAUCCCCCAGUGUUUCGCAGUCCUCUUCCCCCGAGUCCAUGCCCAAACCUCUCUCUAUAAAUACUCAGAACGGCGACAUGGCCGCCCCGCUCAGUCCCUCCUCUCCUCUCGGACCUACCACUGCAGCAAGAAGACCCGGGCCGUUUCCCAGUCGUGCAAGUGGGUUGAACUCGGAUAUACAAGCAAAGAUGAAGGCCUUCUCGCUGUCCCGGCAAGGAGCUCCUCCUCCAUCGGCCCACAACAUGAGGCAGCAGGCUGCUGGUCCUGGUGGGUUUGUUGGCGGUCCUAUGGCUGGACCAUCGCCAGGCUCACCAAAUCCUGCAGCCAACUUGAGACUACCCACGGGGUUGAAGCGCCCAAAUGCUCCCUCUUUUGGUUCGGCACCGUCAUUGAGCGCGGGCAGUCCCCGUACGUCAAAUGCUCGGGGCCCCAUGGGUGGACUGGCGGCCAAACGCGGGCUGAAGCCUGGUGGCUUGAAACUUUCCGAUGCGCAAAAGCCUGCCCCGGCUGGCCAAGAGCCAGAGAAGCAGGUCACCGGUUCUCAGUUCACAAAGUAUGCCAACAUCAUAGACACCCAAAAAGGGACAUUAAACUUCAAAAACAAAGCCGUCAUUCAUGGGAGCGGCAUUGACUUUGCGGAGGGCAGCACGUUUUCAAUAUCAUUGGACGAGGUUGAUACCAUCGCUGAGUUGGGAAAAGGAAACUAUGGGACGGUGUUUCUGGUACGCCAUGCUCGACCCAAGAUGCGACGACCUGGACUGGGUCUGAGAGGGAAUAUGGUCCGACAUUCUUCGCCAUCAGUGGUGAAGCAGGACGAUGACAACACAGGGUCCAAUACUCCAACUACGGGUACGAGUGGCCUCGUUAUGGCCAUGAAAGAAAUUCGUCUCGAGUUGGAAGACUCCAAAUUUGCCGCCAUCAUCAUGGAAUUGGACAUCCUCCAUCGAUGCAUAUCCCCUUUCAUCAUUGACUUCUAUGGAGCAUUUUUCCAAGAAGGUUCCGUCUACAUCUGCAUUGAAUACAUGGAUGGCGGUUCGAUCGACAAGUUAUAUGGCGACGGAGUGCCAGAGGGGGUGUUAAAGAAGAUUACGCUGUCCACCGUCAUGGGCUUGAAGUAUCUCAAGGAUGAGCACAACAUCAUCCACCGAGAUGUCAAACCCACCAACAUUCUGGUCAACACACGAGGUCAAGUCAAAAUCUGCGAUUUUGGUGUCAGCGGCAACCUGGUGGCUUCGAUAGCGAAGACCAACAUUGGGUGUCAAAGCUACAUGGCCCCGGAACGAAUCUCUGGCGGUGGCAUGGCGCAGGUUGGUGCCAAUGGAGGGGGAACCUAUAGUGUUCAGUCCGACAUCUGGUCUUUAGGGCUCUCCAUCAUCGAGUGUGCGCUUGGCAGAUAUCCCUACCCACCAGAAACCUACGACAACAUAUUCAGCCAGCUAAGUGCCAUCGUUGAUGGAGACCCGCCAGAUCUUCCGGCCGACCGGUUCUCUGAAGCUGCGAUUGAUUUUGUACGGGGUUGUCUGAACAAAAUCCCACGACUUCGACCGACAUAUGCUAUGCUUCUUCGCCAUGCGUGGUUGGCCCCUUUGAUGAAGGCUCCCACGAUCUCUGAAGACGAAGAGGGUGAGCAGGCCGCCGAGGCCGGGGCUGACUCGUCGCCUGCCGGUGACGGCGUGCCUGAAACCGCAGACAAGGAAGUGGCCGAGUGGGUCAAGGCUGCAUUGGAGAGGAAGAUGGCUGGAAAGAUGGCCGUCAGCAAGAAGCCCGCAUUGCACGAGGCACCUUUGGACGCUGUCCCCGGGAACAGUAGCCCUCUGCUCACACAGCGAGAGGUACUCCCUCGGGCGGAUGAAGACGACGUUGCGGAAGUGGCCCCCAACGCUGGGGUUCCAGUUGAUUCUCCUGACCUGACGGCCGCAAAAGUCGACGGCCUUGAUUUUGCUUGAUGUUGAAUGUCUGUCAUACAUAUCCUUCACAAGACCUGCGGGAAGUUAUGAGGGCACUAUAGAAUAGUCCAACGAUAACGAGACAUCAUGAGAGCGCUUCGAUAGCAAUAUCGAGGAUCGAGCAAACGAAUUCGCUACAAGAAAUCUUUUUUUUUAACCCACAGUUGUAACGAAGCCGAAAAUACUGCGGCUAAAAUAAGCUCUGCCCCUACUACAUCUCAUGUUUGUAGCAAAUAUGGAUUAAAA